CAUAAUGGUAGAGAAACAAGCAAACAUAAAUAACAAUUUUUUUUAAAAUUUUGAUUGUCCCCUUUGAGAUAAAUUAAGUACACAUUUAAUGAACAAUGCAUUGGACAGAGUCCCACCACCAUAAGUAGUUCUACAAGGAGGCUGCAAAGAUGUGACACGAGCCAACUUGCAUGACCACCAGUCCUAUGAGUGUCAGCUUGGGCUCCUCAGCCAAACCAGCAUUGAGUCCAUCUCUCAGUGCCAGCUCUGCAGGCCAAAGGUGGCUUCUAAGCACUCUUACACAUUCAAUUAUUACAAGACAGUUAUCUGCAGCAUUUCUUUCUUAUCGGCAAGAAAGUUUUCUCCCUCAAAUGGAGUCAUUCUGUUUCUGGUGUUCUUGCUCCCAAACAGCUUAACGCAUUCAGCAGUUACACCUUCUUGCCCUCUGUGCCAGAUCAUUCCUUAGUCAUAAAUUACCAUUGCUGAGUAGUUACAAUUUGGAUUUCCCCUUUAAAAUAGUUCAGCUGUAAUCAAACCACCCCUGCAAUUUCCUUUUUCCCCUCUAAGACAGUUGGAGAUGUGUGUCUUUCCAUAGAAACAGAAGUUAUUUAAAAUAAGAACUGCAAGCACCACGCUCCUAUUAAGAGAAAGGGAGAUGUUUUUUUCUCUAAAUAGCUAAUAAAGCAGGCAAAUCCAGUUGUCCCAUUAUUAAAAAAUAUUCUAUUCUUUUACAUGCUUCUCCACCCAGUCUACUUCCCCCAUUUCAGUUAGUGCUUAUGUUAGACAGGAAUACAGCUCCAGCGGCCAAACAAGUGAACUCAAGUUAUCCACCUACUGUUGCAGACACUUGCUGUAGCAGACGAAAAGUUGGCAUGAUUAAAUACUGAGUUUUAUUUUCUGGUCUCACGACUGUGCACACAAUUGCUGUGUUGAUUUUGUGUCAUUAUAAAGUGAAAGAGAUUAUCUUAAUAGAGGAAUAAAGCUUACCGGAAAGCUCUUCUGAAAAACACACUUGGCUAUUUAAGAUCAGACUGUUGAAACACAUUAGGUUACAGUUGAUCUAAUGGAAAGUGUUUAAAUUCUGAUCUAGUUACAUUUCCAUGAACAUACACACAGAUACCAUAAAUAGAGGAAAAUUGUCAUCUAUUAUUCUUCCAGUUAGCAAAUAUCACUAUUGAGAGGCUGAGAUGGUAUAAAAAUCAAGUGGAGAAUGUGUCAGUCAGUUAAGUCAAAGUUGUUUGAGAAAAUGAUUGAACAGAAAGCAAACUGAUGUGCUGUACAGGAAGCUAACCAAGUCACAGGAUUUCCCCCAGACGCUCAAAGUACUAAUAUAAUUGUAGAGGAAGCAGAUGUAGGGGAACAAGGAAGGUGGCAAGGUCUCUCAUUUCAGUGAGAGCAUAAGGCAGAAUUGGAGCACUGGAAUGCAUGAAGUGCUAGGCAAAGAAGCUUGAAACUAGAAAGUGAAUAGAAGACUGAGUGUAAAGGUCUGUUAAGUUUCAAAGUGUGAAAUUCAGCAAUGAUACACUGUGGAAAAAAACAUGCUGUUGUUGCAUGUAUUUUUAUUCUUGCAAGCUUUUUAAUCUGCUCCUCAAAUAAUCCUUGGCUACAGAACAGUGUAACUAGAAAAAUCUUCCUCCACCCAACAACUGUUCCUCCUGUGGGUCAUCUUUGUAGAGGAAAACCUGCUCAAAAUGCAAUAACACCAUUAAAUGAUAACAGAACUUUUAUUAUAUCCCCAUACUUUGAUGACAGAGAAAGCAAAGUCACUCGUGUGAUUGGGAUUGUUCACCAUCAAGAUGUAAAACAACUGUACUGCUGGUUCUGCUGUCAGCCUGAUGGAAAGAUAUAUGUAGCAAAAGCAAAAAUUGAUGUUCACUCGGAUAGAUUUGGGUUCCCUUAUGGUGCAGCAGAUAUAGUUUGUUUGGAACCUGAAAACUGUGAUCCAACACAUGUAGCAAUUCACGAGUCUCCCUACGGAAAUAUUGACCAGCUGCCUCGGUUUGAAAUUAAAAACCGCAAGGCUGAGCCCUUCUCUGUUAACUUCACUGUUUGCAUCUCCACCAUGUUCGGAAAUUACAACAAUGUCUUGCAGUUUAUACAGAGCAUGGAAAUGUACAAGAUCCUCGGGGCACAGAAAGUGGUGAUCUAUAAGAACAACUGCAGCCAUCUGAUGGAGAAAAUCUUGAAGUUUUAUGUGGAAGAAGGAACUGCAGAGAUAAUUCCCUGGCCAAUAGACUCCCACCUUAAGGUUUCUUCUGAAUGGCACUUCAUGCAAGAUGGAACGCACAUUGGCUACUACGGACAGAUCACAGCUCUAAAUGACUGUGUAUACCGUAACAUGCAGAGAAGCAAGUUUGUGGUUCUCAAUGAUGCUGAUGAAGUAAUUCUUCCCUUUAAGCACCCAGACUGGAACACAAUGAUGAGCAGUCUGCAGGAGCAACACCCAGGCUCUGGCGUUUUCCUCUUUGAGAGCCAUAUCUUCCCCAAAACCGUGUCCACUCAUGUGUUCAACAUUUCAUCCUGGAAUACUGUGCCAGGUGCUAACAUAUUACAGCAUGUUCACAGAGAGCCUGACAGGAAAACAGUUUUCAAUCCUAGGAAAAUGAUAAUUGAUCCACGAAAGGUGUUUCAGACUUCUGUCCACUCUGUCCUCCGUGCUUAUGGGGACAGUGUAUAUGUUCCCAUGGAUGUUGCCCUCAUGUAUCACUGUCGGUUACCCCUUCAAGGAAACCUUCCCAGAGAAUCCCUCAUCAGGGACACAACACUGUGGAGAUACAACUCAUCAUUAAUCAGGAAUGUUAACGAGGUGCUAUAUCAAACCAUACUGUAAGCUCAAAAGCAAACUCGUUUGUAAGGAGGAAAAGUGGAGAGCUACCCGGAUCAUGGGGAGGCAGAGGAUAUAAUUUAAAGAUCACAUUAAAAUCACUUCCACGUGAUUUGCUUCUUACAGAGAUGUAGGAAAUCAGCCCUUUUAUGUACUGUGCAAAGGUAAAUGCAUUUGACUUGUGAAGUGAAUCAAGGUAUACAGGGAACAGAUUUUCUAAACUGAAAAAAAUCACUUGAUCCAAGAAGGUGGUUGAGGCUUCAGCAUGCCGUUUUCUAGUACUGUUUGCAAAAGGCUGGGAAGAGCCCAAUGGCAUCAUUGUUAUAUGUCUUUGCAGGAAAUUGGUAUGGCAGCUCUUAUCAGGGAUACAUCCCUUUAAAAAAUAUUGUACAUCUUUGGCUCAGAAUUUACUGUGUUAAAUAUGCUACAAUUUUAAGUGCAGUAAUGAAAUUUGAAGGAGUUGCAAUUGGCAUUUAAUGCUGUGUUCUCCCCUACAAUAAAUGCACUAUAUAUUUCAGAUGAUCUGUUAGUCACAGGAGCAAAGGUCUGUGACUUCUGGUAUUUGCGCACCAGAAAGAAAACCCACCGUAGCACUAAUCUGAAAGCUAACAGCGUAUUUUCUUGUAGGAAUGAUUUGACGGGCAGUUGCUGUCCCUGUCAGCGCUGGUGUGAACGACUGGAUUUUAUAAUUGUGUGAUGAACAAAUUUCCCCCUUAUAUUUUUUUUUUAAUUGAUUCGGAUUUCGGAAGUACAGCGGCUCGCUUGUGGUUUUGCCUUUUACACAAGUAAGGCCAGUGCUAAUUGUGGAGAGUGAAAGAAAGAUAACGGAAAAGAAGGCCUGGAGAUAGAAGUUGGACAGCAGAGGUAAAAACAACAAGUUGGAAG